UGUCAGUUUCACCUUACGAGUGAAAUGACGGCUUCUGCGUUAAAGAUGCAGAACAACACUUCCAUAUCACUUUUACAUAUAAAAAUCUGUAUUUCUUUUUUAGAAAAACUGCUAAAAAAGAAUAGUCGCUUUACUUUGCCCUUAUUGUUGUGCUGUUUACUCUACCACGGUGUGUCUGGUGUUGGAUCAGUCAGUGAAGUGUCAGUGAAGGAGGGAAGUUCAGUCAGUCUACACACUGGUGUUGAAACAAACCAGCAAGACAGACUUAGAUGGUAUCUUUAUGACACCCGCAUCGCUGAAAUCACUGGAGAUUUCAGUAAGAUCUGCACAGAUGUUCAGUGUAAUGAAGGUACUGAGAGAUUCAGAGACAGACUGAAGCUGGAUCAUCAGACUGGAUCUCUGACCAUCAUGAACACUAGAACCACAGACUCUGGCGAUUAUCUUCUACAGAUCAGCAGUGGAAACAGCAGUAACAGUGAAAAGGCCUACAGUGUUACUGUUCGUGGUUUUUUCAGUGUUAAUACAGAUGGAGUCUCAGUGUUUGUGAUGGAGAGAGAUUCAGUCACUUUCCAAACUGAUGUUAAAACAAACCAACAAGGCAGAAUUAGAUGGUAUUUUAAUGACAUUCGCAUCGCUCAAAUCACUGGAGAUCUCCGUAAGAUCUGUACAGAUGUUCAGUGUAAUAAUUACACUGAGAGUUUCAGAGACAGACUGAAGUUGGACAAACAGACUGGAUCUCUGAGUAUCACAAACAUCAGAACCACAGAUGCUGGACUUUUUCAACUAAGGAUCAGCAGUACAAACAAUGGCGAGGGUGACAAGACCUUCAGUUUUGCCGUCCAUGAUAUUUCUGCUGCUGAACAAGAUGAAAUUAAGAAAAAGGAGGGAGAAAAUGUCACCUUAUACUCUGGUGAAAUAAGCCAAAAUGAUUUGCUGAGAUGGUAUUUUAAUGACACUCUCAUUGUUGAAAUCACUGGAGAUCAGAGUAAGAUCUGUGCAGAUGAUCAGUGUGAAGAUAGAUUCAGAGACAGACUGAAGCUGGAUCAUCAGACUGGAUCUCUGACCAUCACAAACACCAGAACCACAGAUUCUGGAGUUUAUCAACAACAGAUCUACAGCAGCAGAAUCAGCAUCAUUAGAAGCUUCACUGUCAGUGUUACUGUUGCUGCUGUUCGAGAUCCAGGUCCACCUUCAACUGCUGCACCAGGAACAAAUGCUGCUGUUAUUGGUGGUGCUGUUGGUGGUGUUCUGCUCGUAGCUGCAGUAGCUGUUGUGAUUUACUGUUGCCACAAGGAAUGUACAAAAACAAAACAAAAUGACACCAGGGGGCAGAACAAUCAUAAUGAGGAGAAUGGUGCAGCAGAAAACUUGCUAUCUGGGGAAAAUGGUAUUGAAAUGAAUGUUGUUAAAGGGACAACCACUGAUCAGGCUGUGGCUAAUGGGACAUCAUAGUAAUCAGUAGUCUGCAUCAACACCAGUGACGUCAGUCAAAACCAUUUUAAACAAGAUGUACUUUUGUGGAGCACCUUGAAAAUUUCACACAAGCUGCCGCAAGUGUAAGUACUAUGUUUGCCUUGAUAACAUACCUAAAAAAAAAAAGCUGACAUAUGUCAAAAGAGCUUUUUUUUUUUUGCAAAUGUUUAGUGAAUAUUUGGUCUCGUAUACUGACCAGUUCUAUCUAAAUAAGCAAACGGACAUUCGUAAGACAUGAUGCAUCAUGCAUAUUUUUUUAAUCGGACUGAGAAGAUUGUCACGGGUUGCUACUGUGGGGAGCACAGAGUGA